CAGCAAGAAGGCCGGAGCCAAGGGCAAAGUUGGAGGACGCUGGAAAUAAAGAUCUGGAAGGUCCCUGCAGGAAGAUUCAUCAAUGGUGGCAUGGCCAAACAUCACUGGCUCAUCUUCCCUAUUUAGCUACCAAUUCCUCUCUCUCGCCUGAACAAAACCAUAGUUGCAACAUCAGCCUGGAUUGCCUACUGCUUAUUUUUAGGGUGCCCACAUCUUUCAGAACCUCAGCUCUGAAUGACGAUGAGUCCCUGCUGAUACCUGUUGUCCCACAUGUAUCUUUUCCUAAUUCCAGCCCUACACUGCCACACAGAUUGCAGUGUAUGAAUCUUUUGGUUUUGUAAAUAAAGCGUAGUCAAUAAUAUACUUCAGACCUGCAACUCCUGUCUAGCCAUUCAUUUUUUUCCAUUAUAAUGAUUCAUUUACCAAACCCUGGAAUUUAUUGGCCUUGUCAAUAAAACCUGGCAAAGGACCACUGAAGUAAAUAAAUGUAUGCUAGUUUACAUCCA